CUCUCUAAAAUCCGACCCCUAUUGUCUUUCUCGACUCUCAGCUUCAAGCCUUCAGCUCGGCUCUCUCAACAGCCUGUCUUCCUCAUUCAUCACUACAAAAACAACAUGGAAAAGUUUCCUCUCUGAGCCACUCUCCUUCUUUUCUCUUCAUUUCUUGUAAAGAAACCAUCUCAGAAAGUAGCACAGAUAGACGACGCCGUGCUUCAUGCUCUGAGAGACAAAUUGAAGCACCUAAUCAUGGCCAUAGCUGACCACAAGUCACCGUCUGAUAAUAGUAAUAACAACAAGGUCUGGGGAUUUUUCAAGCUGCCGUUUCGAGGAAGCAACCCCAACACGACGCCGUCUUUUUCAUCGUCAACGCAUCUCCACAACCAUAAUAACUCUCAAGUUGAAGGAUCGAAUGCUCAUGCUUCAAAUUCGGUGUCUUCGGUGGCCAGAUCGCUUUUGCCAACGCGGCGUCGUCUUAAACUUGAUCCGGCAACUAAGCUCUACUUUCCUUACGAACCUGGUAAGCAGGUCAGAAGUGCCAUCAAAAUAAAGAAUACUAGCAAAUCCCAUGUGGCUUUCAAGUUUCAAACGACUGCACCAAAAAGCUGUUUCAUGCGUCCUCCAGGGGCUAUUCUUGCCCCUGGAGAAAGUAUAAUAGCAACUGUAUUCAAGUUUGUUGAGCAACCAGAAAACAAUGAGAAACCCAUUGAACAGAAGAGCAAGGUUAAAUUUAAAAUCAUGAGUCUAAAGGUGAAGGGGAUGAUGGAUUAUGUGCCUGAGCUGUUUGAUGAGCAGAAGGAUCAAGUAUCACUAGAGCAAAUAUUGCGAGUUGUUUUCCUAGAUCCAGAGCGUCCUAGUGCUGCUCUGGAGAAGUUAAAGCGCCAAUUGGCUGAUGCUGAUGCUGCAGUUGAGGCAAGCAAAAAGCCUCCAGAAGAUGCAGGUCCAAGAAUUAUUGGUGAAGGACUUGUGAUAGAUGAAUGGAAAGAGCGAAGGGAAAGAUAUCUUGCUCGACAGCAGGUUGAAGGAGUAGACUCUGUAUAGAGUGACAAUAGUCUUCAAGGUGCCCCCUAUAUGAAGAAGAAAUUUUAUAUAAUUCCACCACUCAGUUUAUUCAUCCAAUAUUUUCUUGUAACUUGAAGGAUGUUUUAUUCGGAGGAUCAUGUAGGAAACGUCAACAUGUUUUAUGUAAAAAAGAAAUGUGAGGUGAAUUUUCUGUGAUUUGAGUUGCUGAAACUUAUCCUGUGACCAUCUGCCUGUAGAUAAUUGUGAUUUUGUUUUGUUUUUG